UGUUUGAGAAAGUUAGAGGAUCAACAUCGUAAGCCAGGUAAACACGAACUGCAGUACAUUCACUUCAGUAGAUCGAAGGUAAAACAAAAGUUUGGAAAGAAAAAAUGGAGCAUUAAUCAAGACAGAUAGAUUGUUUUCAUGGUUUGCUUAUCAGAAUUAGUCUGAGUAAAGGUCAGCUAAAUGUUUCUGACCUUCACUCCACAUAGUCCGAAAUAUCUGACGUUUUCCUGGCGUUUUUAUGAUUUUGAUGUUUACCGUGCCAGGAAAACCAAUCGGAUCACGCGCUCGUCCUUUUCCGUAACCGGUAAGAAGACUCGGACGUGGAUCGGCGCAAGAAUUGCAUCAAAUCGAUGCAUUUCUUCGCCGGAAGCGCGCCUGUGGAAGAGGUUUAAAGACCAGAAUCGAAUCUCUGUAUAAUCAUGAUAAUGUGUUAAUUAGAUUUUCACCACAGAUUCAGUUUUGGUAUCAUUAACGUCUUAUUCAUAAACAUACUAUGCUUUAUGGCAUGACCGUGUUUGAGGGUGAAGCAAAAAGUAUUGGCAUUAGUAUGUAGAUCCAUAACAGGACAAAAAAUAUCCUAACAUGCGAGGACAGAGCUGAAUCAAAGUAUUCUAACAUUAGACAUUUUUGAUCCGCCUAUUCAUUGAAUGCGGGGAAACUAUAUGCAACUGAUGUAAACAGUGCAUUGUGACGUCAUAUUCAGCAUCAGUGUUUUGCAAAUUCUCAAACAUAUAGGAGACAAGGUACAAUCGCGUUACUCGAGACCAGGAGUGAUUAUAGGGCCUAUAUAAUUAAGAAAAUAAGAUUUACAUGUUUUUACGGAUUUCAUGUAACAUCUCAGAACGACGUGAACUUGGGUACACGAGAUUCAAAAUGGAGAAAUACUUGUACACGCGGUAGUAUUCCAAUCGACGCCAUUGGGACCAAAGUUUUCAAGUCCCAUAGACAGACGAUGUAUGAGGGAUGGUUAAAUUCACCGUGAGGAGGAUUGUCUACCUCUACUGCUGUGUCUCGAUUUUCAUCAUUUUGUGGCUUCUUAAUUAUCAUGUCAUUGAUGAAGGGGAGGAUGGUAUCGUAGAGGAAAAGCUUGAGGUACUGCAGAAGAGGCUGGCCGAGAAAGAGAAGUUACUGGACGAAUCACGACGAAGGGUCAGGGAAUAUGAGGAUAAAUUACACAAAUGUCGAAUGCUCAAGCCAUUUCAGAAACCAUUCAACACAUCCCUCCCCACUAUUUACUUAAUCACCCCUACUUAUGACCGGAUCGAGCAGAAGGCGGAGUUGACACGUCUAUACUACACUUUACUUCAUGUGCCAAACAUUCAUUGGAUAAUAGUAGAAGACUCAGACAAAAAGACAGACAAAGUUCGACACUUCCUGGCAAAGUGCCAAAUUCCAUACACACAUCUAAAUGUUGCCACCCCACAACAAGUUAAACUAAAGAGCUCGGAUCCUAAUUGGCUGAAGCCAAGAGGAGUCCUCCAGAGGAAUGCCGGUUUGACAUGGAUACGAGCGUCCCUCGAUCCUCAAAAGACCAAAGGCGUGGUGUAUUUUGCUGAUGAUGACAACACAUACAGCAUAGAACUGUUUGAAGAGAUGCGUUUCACCAAGAAAGUUUCUGUGUGGCCUGUUGCAAUGGUAGGGGGGUUGAGGUUUGAGAGUCCAAUCUGUGAUAAAAACUUGGUAACAGGCUGGGGAGUGUACUACAGACCAACAAGGCCGUUUCCUAUAGACAUGGCUGGUUUUGCCGUCAAUCUCCAGCUGUUUUUUGACCACCCUAAUGCAUGGUUCAGUAACAAUGUGCAGCGAGGCUACCAGGAGUCUACCAUUCUCCGCUUACUUGAUAUUACCAUGCCUGAUUUAGAACCAAGAGCAGACAGAUGCACCAAAAUCCUGGUGUGGCACACACGUACUGAAAAAUAUAAUCCCAAAAACGAGGCUAAACUGAAACAGAAGACAGGAAAAGGAACAGACCCGAACACCGAGAUCUAGAGAAAUAGAGGAUGUGUCAAAAAAUAUAACCCCAAAAACGAGGCUAAACUGAAACAGAAGACAGGAAAAGGAACAGACCCGAACACCGAGAUCUAGAAAAAUAGAGGAUGUGUCAAAAAAGAAACGUGAUCAGCGAAUAACAUACAGCUAUCGAACAGUACAGGAGUAUGCUGUCAGCAUGGAUGUAGCAGACCUCAAGAAACGGUGUCCAGGAAAACACGCCCAUAGCAAAUUCAGGCUUAUAACAAAUUCCGCUCAUAGCGAACUCAUGCUUAUAGCAAAGGGAUAUUCAUUCCCCUAUGAGAGGAAAAUGAUGAAAAUUGUGUUGGAUAAAACAAAGUUUGAUUAUAUAAAACUGUUUUUCACUGGCCCUGGAGAUUCACAGAAACCGUGUGAACUAUGAACUGUUGGGUGCUAUUUUACUUUGAUAUUAUUGUUUACUCAGCUAUAUGGACAAUUUUUAACUGUAUUUUGACUACACUAAUUUUGAAAUGAAUGGUGUCAAAGAGCAUGAUUUGUUACUAAAAAUAGAUAUUGAUAAUAGCAUGUUAUUACAUGCAUGUGCAAAAGUAAAACACAUUGUAAUUUGCCUUUCAUGAUGAACUUAAAUGUAUUUUUGAAACUUAUUUAGAAAGAAGUAAUUGAAGUAUUUUGUGUGAAAUGCUGCCCAGGAAUGGAUUGCACAUUUUGACAAACAUUUUAAUAUUAAGUUAUUCAAUGUAUAACGAUCAUAUUUCACAUUUAAUAAAUGUUUUGUAAUCAUGGUAUCAUUUUGAAAAGGUUAUUGAACAAAAAUAUUCCACCAUAGAGAUUCAAAAAUUUUAAUAACUGAUUUAUUUCAUUUAAAAAUCUUACAUUGAAGUUAAUGGGGAAAGUAUGUUUCAUUAAAAUGCCAUAAAAAGAAAUUGAAUUUUCAUACAAAUCUCUCUGUAAAAAAUUAUGUAAACUUUCUCUUUAUGAAAAUAUGAAAUAAUAUUAAUCAUUUACCACACGUUUGUAGAAAAUUAGAUUUUUCUUAUUUUUACCAAGGGCGGAUAACUCUUCCAAAGUCUCGCGUGCAAAAGGAUCAGCUUCUUAUCAUUUACCAAUCUUUUGAAUUUGAUCAGUUUCUCUUUCAUCAUUAUUCAACAAUAAAAUAUUUAUUCUGAUUUGAAAAAUUCAAAACUGUUUAAAUCUCCUUUUGUUAUUCACUGAAUACCUUGACAUCAGUCAUUUGACGUAGGCAAUGGCAUUAUACAUUGUACUGUACCCUUGGCAUACAAAAUAUUAGUUUCAGUUUUAUCAUCACUUAUAAAUACACUGCAAUUGUAUGGACACAAAAAGUGGAAUAUAUGCAUGUGUUGUUUGUAGUUUAAUCAUGGAUGUCAAAGUUGCCAUUAUUAUACACUUACUGUAAUAGACACAGGCUAGCUAGAGCAAAUGGGUGCAACGAUAAUCUCCUGAUUUGUGAAUGAACUGCUUUUAUGGAUUGUGUCACACCUAAUGGCCCGUUAAUUUCCACACAAAAUUUCUUGCAAUCUUCUUGUUUAAUUGAUUUCUGCUGUUAUAGUAGUGAUCACACCAAUACAUUCCAUGUGAUGUUUUGAAGUAUAUCUACUUGUUCUCAAAUACAACAGGAUUACUGUGGAUUCCUAAAUAUACGCGAGGAAUUGCAUAAUUUCAUGAGAGGCAUCACUUAAUAAAUAAAAUUAUUGGCUUUUAUUUUUCUGUUGUUAAAAUACCUAUAUAAAACUCUAAUAAAUGUUCACACGAUUUGACGUAUACGAGUCAUUUCGCCUUAUUAAUGAUUCACGUAAAAUAAGGAACCUACAGUAUUAUUAGACACCCGUACAUUUCUACAUGUGAAAGUUCCUUGAAGGAAAUUCCUCUCGUUCUAUUUAUAAUUCAUUGAAGGGAAUUCCCCUCAUUGUAUUUAUAAUUCUUAGAAGGGAAUUCCCUGCAUUUUAUUUAUAAUUGUUAACCACAGCAAGCCCUAAAGUGUUCAAGAUGAAUAAUUUGUUUUGUGUGAUUUCAGAGAUAAAAAUAGAGAGUUAGAACUGCAUUGAACAUUUAUUUUGUCACAGUUUUGACAGGGUUACAUGUAAAAAUGAAUCUGCUUCUUAUGUAUAUCAUAUACAUUUAAUCAAAGUACCUGUUCUAAACAAUGUCAUGCUUAUUUACAAUGAAUAAAAUCCAUACAAAACAUGAAACCACUUGAA